AUGGUUGACAGACUUGUGAACAGUGAAGUCAAUGCUCGUCGGGUGGCAAAUGUAGAACAAUGUUUUGGAAAAAUGGCUAAACCACUUAGUUUAUUCGGCAGAGUGUUAGUCGGCGAAGGAGUAUUAGUGAAGAUGUGCAGAAAGAAGCCGAAACAGCGUCAAUUUUUUCUUUUCAAUGAUAUAUUAGUCUAUGGGAAUAUUGUCAUUUCGAAGAAACGUUACAACAAACAACGAAUAAUCCCCUUGGAAAACGUUCAGCUGGAGGAUCUUGAUGAUGAAGGAGCGAUGAAAAAUGGUUGGAUCAUUAAGACUCCCGAGAAAUCAUUCGCAGUCUAUGCCGCAACACCUACAGAAAAGAGAGAAUGGAUGUCUCAUAUAGAGCGCUGCGUGGCAGAUUUACUGGAGAAAGGUAAUAAGCGGCCUGCGAAGGAACAUGCAGCUGUUUGGAUUCCAGAUGGAGAGGCAGCUCGAUGUAUGGCGUGUGGACGUACACAGUUCAAUCUUGUUCAGAGAAGGCAUCACUGUCGUGCAUGCGGUCAUGUAAUAUGUGGUUCAUGCUCUACACACACCUACAGAAUCGACACUCUUAAUAAGAAACCAGUUCGUGUUUGUGAUGCGUGUUUCACCCGUCUAACGGGUGUUGUGAAUAUUAGGCCAGUAUCUUCCACGAACGGAACGCAUACUCGUCGAGAAACUCUUCCUAUUUCGCCUCCACGAUCCUCCUUCAAUGUCGAAGACCCAAGCGAGUCCUCCUCAGAUACGGACGAAGAGGGAACAAGGGAUGAUAGUAAACCCACAUUCUAUCGUGAAGAAGUUUCCGGUGGUUUUGAUCCUAGUGAAUUUAAAAAUUUGAGUGAGCAAAUGCCCAUGUUUAGCUACAUCGACGAAGAUGACCGUCUCAGGGGGCCUUUCGGAGACGUACAAAUGCACUACUGGUAUUUACAAGCGUAUCUGCGGCCUUCUCUUAAAAUAUUUGUGCACUACGGCUUAUUUGGACGUCCGACUACACUAGGGGAGUUAAUGAAGAAGAACGGUACAUCAAACCCAUUUUAUGACGGAGUUGCGAAUGUGCGAAUUGAACACACUGUUUGCCCUAAGCCAACAACACCUUCCACGAAUACUUUCCACCCUUUCUUAACGGGAUAUGCGCUCGAACAUGUUGAGACGCCAAGGCUUAAUGAAGGAAACGUGGAGGAGUACUCAGCUGGAUUCCAGUUUGCUAGAUCUCUUUAUACCUUGAAUUAUACGAAUGAUGUCUUGAAACGUUUCGGAGCAAACUGGUUCACCGUCGCAACUGUCCUCGGCAAGGAAUCUUCUAGAACUACGUCGUUCAAACUUAGUCCGUUGCAGGAACGCCAUCGAACAUUUCGGCCACAAGUCGAGCAACUCUGUGUAUUGAAGUAG